GUAUUCAUCAAAAAUACAUACAUGCUUCAAUUAGCGAUAAAUGUGACCUUAGCAGCUGUAUUACGAUUUUUUUGUUAGUCGAUAUCACAACAAGAAAAUGAAGUUCCUCCAUAUUUUUAUUUUGAUUCUGAUCAUGACUAUCACCUGGACCUACUGUCAAGAUGAAGAGCCGCAAACAUGCACUUCUGCUGAAGACUGCAUCGAGUGUGCUGAAAAGCACUGUCACUGCAUUGAGGGAUUGUGUCUAGAGCCCCGAAUUGACUACUACUGAUCAUUUGAUAUUUAUUGUUGAUACCGAAUAAACCUGACAGUAAAUGGUU